AUGGAAACCUUGUUCCUUGUUAGGGAAAUUGCUGCGUCUAUUUUGAUCUACUUGGUGACCCUUUUUUCCAUGCGCACAGUCUUCAAACGGCAUGCCAGGAAGCUGCCACCGGGGCCAAGAGGGUGGCCUGUGGUGGGUGCACUUCCUCUGAUGGGAAGCAUGCCCCAUGUGACAUUGGCGAAAAUGGCAAAGAAAUAUGGACCUGUGAUGUACCUCAAAAUGGGUACUAACAACAUGGUUGUGGCCUCUACUCCUGCUGCUGCUCGUGCCUUCCUCAAAACUCUUGACCUAAACUUCUCCAAUCGGCCUCCAAAUGCUGGUGCAACCCACUUGGCUUAUGAUGCACAGGAUAUGGUGUUCGCUCACUACGGAUCAAGGUGGAAGUUGCUGAGGAAACUGAGCAACCUGCACAUGCUUGGAGGAAAGGCUCUUGACGAUUGGGGCAAGGUUCGAGACGAAGAGAUGGGGUAUAUGCUGGGUUCGAUGUACGAUUGUAGCAAAAGGGGUGAGGCUGUGGUGGUGCCGGAGAUGUUGACCUACUCCAUGGCCAACAUGAUAGGGCAAGUGAUCCUGAGUCGUCGAGUGUUCGAGACGAAGGGUUCAGAGUCAAACGAGUUCAAGGACAUGGUGGUGGAGCUCAUGACUGUUGCAGGGUACUUCAACAUUGGUGACUUCAUACCCUUCUUGGCCAAGUUGGACCUGCAAGGCAUAGAGCGUGGGAUGAAGCAGUUGCACAAGAAGUUUGAUUCGUUGUUGACGAAGAUGAUUGAAGAGCAUGUGGCUUCUAAGAACAAGAGGAAGAAUAAACCUGAUUUCUUGGACGUUGUCAUGGCUUAUUAUGCUGAAGAGGACACUCACGGCGAAAAAUUAUCGCUUGUCAACAUCAAGGCUUUACUCUUGAACCUAUUCACAGCAGGAACUGACACAUCAUCGAGCAUCAUAGAGUGGUCCCUGGCAGAGAUGCUGUACAACCCGAGCAUCAUGAAGAAGGCUCACGAGGAAAUGGACCAAGUCAUCGGCAGGGACCGUCGCCUCAAAGAAUCCGACAUUGCAAACCUUCCGUACUUCCAAGCCAUAUGCAAAGAGACCUACAGAAAGCACCCCUCAACCCCUCUGAACCUCCCUCGAAUCUCCAGCGAACCAUGCCAGGUUAACGGCUACUACAUUCCGGAGAACACUCGCUUGAGCGUCAACAUCUGGGCUAUAGGGAGGGACCCCGAGGUGUGGGAGAACCCCUUGGAGUUCAGGCCAGAGAGGUUCUUGACUGAGAAGAACAAAAAGAUCGAGCCACGCGGGAAUGACUUCGAGCUGAUACCCUUUGGGGCUGGGCGAAGGAUCUGCGCGGGGACCAGAAUGGGGAUUGUGUUGGUGCACUACAUUUUGGGCACUUUGGUGCAUUCCUUUGAUUGGAAGGUGCCACAUGAAGUGGGGGAGUUGAAUAUGGAUGAAAGCUUUGGCCUUGCCUUGCAGAAAAAAGUUCCUCUUGCUGCUUUGGUUACUCCUAGGUUGAACCCUAGUGCUUACAUUCCUUAG